GGCAGAUCAAACCAGGCAGCCGUAUGAAAGACAUGAACCAACACUUGGAGGUGGCGCAUUGAGGUCCACUGAAUGUCCUGCCCAGUCUUUGGAACAGCAGAAUAGCAAGGACUUCUACCUCCUUUGGCUGUGUGUGUUUGUGUGUGUGUGUGUGUGUGUGUGGCUCCACGGACUUUGGGAAAUAUCACAGCCCUCUGCAUAUGUGUAUGUGUAUGCGUGUGUUUUUACCCCGGACGUCGAGAACAUCGAAACCGUUUUCUUGGUCCCGCCAGCGCGUCUCCCAAGUAACAGCCAGAGCUCCGUAAGCGUGUGCGUGUGCGCGCCAUCGCGUGGGAUUCGCUGACUCCUCCCGAGGGGGGGGGGGGGGACUCUAACCGGCGUCGUCCGGUGCCAGAAUGAACGUCACCUCGCUCUUCUCCUUCACCAGCCCGGCGGUGAAGCGGCUGCUGGGCUGGAAGCAGGGCGACGAAGAGGAGAAAUGGGCAGAGAAGGCGGUGGAUGCGCUGGUGAAGAAGCUGAAGAAGAAGAAGGGAGCGAUGGAAGAGCUGGAGCGGGCGCUGAGCUGCCCCGGACAGCCCAGCAACUGCGUGACCAUCCCUCGUUCCCUGGACGGGCGGCUGCAGGUGUCCCACAGGAAGGGGCUCCCUCAUGUCAUCUACUGCCGCGUGUGGCGCUGGCCCGACCUGCAGUCCCACCACGAGCUGAAGGCGCUGGACUGCUGCGAGUUCCCCUUCGGCUCCAAACAGAAGGACGUGUGUAUUAACCCCUAUCACUAUAAAAGAGUGGACAGUCCAGUGCUGCCACCGGUACUGGUACCCCGAAACAGCGAAUUCAACGCCAAGCUGUCCAUGCUGCCGCGAUUCCGUAACCCGCUGCACCAGACAGAACCGCACAUGCCCCAAAACGCCACAUACCCAGACUCUUUCCCCCAGCAACAGCCUGCGGGGAGCCUGCCCUUCACCCCAAACUCCCCAACCAACAGUUACCCCAGCUCUCCCAACAGCGGUACGGGAAGCACCGCCACCUUCCCACACUCGCCCUCCAGCUCUGAUCCAGGCAGCCCCUUCCAGAUGCCAGAAACCCCUCCACCGGCAUACAUGCCCCCUGAAGAACCAAUGACUCAGGACUGCCCCCAACCCAUGGACACCAACCUACUGGCCCCAAAUCUUCCACUGGAGAUCAACAACCGUUCAGAUAUGCAGCCUGUGGCCUAUGAGGAGCCAAAGCACUGGUGUUCUAUCGUGUACUAUGAGCUGAAUAAUCGUGUGGGUGAAGCAUUCCAAGCCUCCUCCACCAGCGUGCUAGUGGACGGCUUCACCGACCCCUCCAACAACCGCAACCGGUUCUGCCUGGGCCUGCUCUCCAACGUCAACCGAAACUCCACCAUCGAGAACACACGCAGACACAUUGGCAAAGGUGUCCAUCUGUAUUACGUUGGUGGAGAGGUGUAUGCGGAGUGUUUGAGCGAUAGCAGUAUUUUCGUCCAGAGCCGCAACUGUAACUACCAUCAUGGCUUCCACCCCACCACUGUCUGCAAGAUCCCCAGCGGCUGCAGCCUCAAGAUCUUCAACAACCAGGAGUUUGCCGAACUCCUGGCCCAGUCCGUCAAUCACGGUUUUGAGGCUGUCUACGAACUCACCAAGAUGUGUACCAUCCGCAUGAGCUUUGUCAAGGGCUGGGGGGCGGAAUAUCAUCGACAGGACGUGACUAGCACCCCGUGCUGGAUAGAGAUCCACCUCCACGGGCCUCUGCAGUGGCUGGACAAGGUUCUGACCCAAAUGGGCUCCCCUCACAACCCCAUCUCCUCGGUGUCCUAGGCCCAGAGUGGAAAGCCUGGGCCGGCAGAACCCAGUCAUGUUGUCGCUGAGAAGGAGCCGUGUGGGUGGGGGAGGGGUGGGGUUUGUUUUCUACUUGAAGGCAGUCUGAAACGGGAGAGGAUGGGGGGGUUCCAGCAGGUCAGACGGGAAAAAAUGGGGAGUCCUUAGCGCUUGUGUGUGUGUGUGUGAGCGUGUGUGUAUGGGAGUGAGUGAGUGUGUGUGUGUGUGUGUGUGUGUGUGUGUGAGGAAGCAUCUGGAAGAUACUUGAUGACUUUGUGUGACCAAGUGUGUUAAAACAGACAGGCCACCACAGUUAGUGGACAAGUAUCCUCCAACAGUGAGGUUGGACAGUGAGGUUGCCAUGGCGAGUUUUGUUGUUAUUGUUCUGUUCCCGUUUACGUUGCAGUAUUCCAAUU